CGCAGACGGUCAGGGGGCUGGCGGUGGCUUGGGCGGCCUCCGCGCUGCCUCCGCCACCAGUGCGAUGGGCUGAGGGAGAGGCAGCGGCUCCGGGCUGGGCGCUCCGAGGAUGGAGAGAGCCAUGGAGCAGCUAAACCGGCUGACGAGGUCCCUGCGCCGCGCCCGCACCGUGGAGCUGCCGGAUGACAAUGAAACUGCUGUCUAUACACUAAUGCCGAUGGUUAUGGCUGACCAGCACAGGUCUGUCUCAGAGCUACUGUCAAAUUCAAAAUUUGAUGUGAAUUACGCAUUUGGACGUGUGAAGAGAAGUUUGCUUCAUAUUGCAGCAAACUGUGGAUCAGUCGAGUGCCUUGUUCUAUUAUUAAAAAAAGGAGCAAAUCCAAACUAUCAAGACAUUUCAGGAUGCACACCUCUCCAUUUAGCAGCAAGGAAUGGCCAGAAGAAAUGUAUGAGCAAGCUGCUGGAAUACAGUGCAGAUGUCAACAUUUGUAAUAAUGAAGGCUUGACUGCAAUUCAUUGGUUGGCUGUCAAUGGACGAACAGAACUGCUUCAUGAUCUUGUUCAGCAUGUCAGUAAUGUAGAUGUUGAAGAUGCAAUGGGACAGACAGCCCUUCAUGUAGCUUGUCAAAAUGGACACAAGACAACGGUGCAGUGUUUGCUAGACAGUGGUGCAGAUAUAAACAGGCCGAAUGUGUCGGGGGCAACUCCACUCUAUUUUGCUUGCAGCCAUGGUCAGAGAGACACUGCACAAAUUCUUUUGAUGAGAGGAGCCAAAUAUUUACCAGACAAAAAUGGUGUUACUCCACUGGAUCUCUGUGUACAGGGUGGUUAUGGAGAGACUUGUGAAGUCUUAAUACAAUACCAUCCUCGACUUUUCCAGACAAUAAUUCAAAUGACGCAGAAUGAAGAUCUACGGGAAAACAUGUUGCGGCAAGUUCUGGAACACUUGUCUCAGCAGAGUGAAAGCCAGUAUCUUAAAAUCCUAACAAGUCUUGCUGAAGUUGCUACAACAAAUGGUCACAAACUGCUUAGCUUGUCAAGUAAUUAUGAAGCUCAAAUGAAGAGUCUCUUAAGGAUCGUGAGGAUAUUUUGCCAUGUCUUUCGCAUUGGCCCAUCCUCUCCCAGUAAUGGAAAUGACAUGGGCUACAAUGGAAAUAAAACUCCAAGAAGUCAGGUGUUCAAGGUCAGAAAAGUAUAUGAUGUUGUUAGGAAGAUAGACGUUAAAGAGAUGAAUUUCACAAAGCAUGCAUUCAUUAAUCAGACAUCUCAUGAACAGGAACCACUGGAACUGCUCUGGCAUUCUCUAGAUGAAUGGCUUGUUCUUAUAGCCACGGAGCUGAUGAAAAACAAAAGGGACUCUGCCAACAUUACUUCUAUUUUACUGAAGCAAAAAGGACCAGAUCACCAGGGUGCUACUCCUACGCCUUCCUUUCCCACUGCAGAAACUGAGGGCACAAAAGAGCUAUCCACUGAUGCUGUCGAGUUGAAAACAUAUGAUGUUGCUGGGAAGCAGGAAGCUUGUGCUGAUCGCCAGGAUGUUAUCUCCAUGACAGCAAACAGGCUAAGCGCUGUCAUUCAAGCCUUUUAUAUGUGCUGCUCCUGUCAGAUGCCUCAGGGGAUGACGUCGCCUCGUUUUAUAGAGUUUGUCUGUAAACAUGAUGAUGUCCUUAAGUGUUUUGUUAACCGAAAUCCCAAAAUAAUUUUUGAUCACUUCCAUUUUCUUCUCGAGUGUCCUGAACUAAUGUCCAGAUUUAUGCACAUCAUAAAAGCCCAGCCAUUUAAGGAUCGUUGUGAAUGGUUCUAUGAACAUCUGCAUGCUGGGCAGCCAGAUUCAGACAUGGUGCAUAGGCCUGUCAAUGAAAAUGACAUCCUUUUGGUUCACAGAGAUUCUAUUUUUAGGAGUAGCUGUGAAGUUGUUUCUAAAGCAAAUUGUGCAAAACUAAAGCAGGGGAUUGCUGUGAGAUUUCAUGGAGAAGAAGGCAUGGGACAGGGUGUUGUGCGUGAGUGGUUUGAUAUCUUAUCCAGUGAAAUAGUUAACCCAGAUUAUGCCUUAUUUACUCAGUCAGCUGAUGGAACAACUUUCCAGCCCAACAGCAAUUCUUCUGUAAAUCCAGACCAUUUGAACUACUUCCGUUUUGCAGGACAGAUCCUGGGGCUAGCUCUGAAUCACAGGCAGUUGGUGAACAUCUACUUCACGAGAUCAUUCUACAAGCAUAUUCUUGGUAUACCUGUAAAUUAUCAGGAUGUAGCAUCUAUUGAUCCAGAGUAUGCAAAGAACUUGCAGUGGAUUUUAGAUAAUGAUAUCAGUGAUCUGGGUUUAGAGCUGACCUUCUCUGUUGAGACUGAUGUGUUUGGAGCAAUGGAAGAAGUGCCACUAAAGCCAGGGGGUGCAAGUAUACUUGUUACACAGGAAAAUAAGGCUGAGUAUGUCCAGCUUGUCACAGAGCUUAGAAUGACAAGAGCCAUUCAGCCUCAGAUAAAUGCCUUUUUACAAGGCUUCCACAUGUUCAUUCCACCAUCUUUGAUCCAGCUUUUUGAUGAAUAUGAACUGGAGCUUUUGCUGUCUGGUAUGCCAGAAAUUGAUGUGAAUGAUUGGUUAAAAAAUACAGAAUACACCAGUGGCUAUGAGAGAGGAGACCAAGUUAUUCAGUGGUUCUGGGAUGUUGUGGAAGAGCUUACUCAGGAAGAGAGAGUAUUACUGUUACAGUUCGUUACUGGCAGAAAUGAUUUCUGCAGUUGUAAGUGCACAUCUGUUGCAUAUCAGUGGCUGGUCUUUCGUUUUUAGUGGACUAGGCCAUUUCUAAAUCCAGACGGCAAGUAAGGAUUUUUAGGAUGUAAGGUCAUGUUUCAAAUGCUUCUUAAACCAUUCCAAAUGAUAAUGAAGUGGCAUUCACUAUUUUUAUGGCAUUUGGGAUAAUCUACUGAUUCUAAGGCACACUUUCUGUCAAGUAAACAAUUACAUUGUCUGAUUAAUAUGUGCAUGUGCACCAUUCAUUUUGGUUAUAAAUUACAUACUGACUUGUUCUUACCCAUUUCUUGUUAGUAAGAAAGAAAUUUUUGGUAUGUCUUGUUAGAACUAUGGUCUGCAAUUUAAAACAAAAUUGUUUAUUUAUUUUGUUUUGUAUCAGCUAGGAGCCCUGUGUGUUUUUUCUUCAGUAAUUGAAAUUACAGAAGGCAUGUUUUUCCAUAAAAAAUUAACUUUUAAAAGUUACCUCUAGGGGUAUGCAGCUGGCAUUUUUUCACAUAAAUCCCGAAACAAUCCUAGUUUCUGGGCAUGGAAGAUUUAGAUGCCGAGUCAUCUGUGAGCUAAGAUACCAGUUAGUCUAGUCAACAUGGUUUAAGCACAGCUGGCAACUAAGUAAGUACCACGCAGCUGCUCCCUCACUCCCCACCUCCCAGAUGAAACCGGGACACUAUACAGGCCAGUAUCUUCAGUGAAAAUUUACACUAAAAUUAUACCCGAUUCCAAAAUGUGAUCUUUUUCUGGUGUCACAUUUCCUUAGUGAAGAAUUUGUUUCUGUGUACCAGUUGGCAGGCUG